AUAUAAAAUCUUUUUCCAAAAAAUAAUGUUUGUAUCUGCUCAACAAUUAUUUUCAAAACACAAAUCCUGGCUAAAUACAAGGAAGAAAAGGCACUUAGUUAUAAAGAUAUAUACAUUUUUAAUACACAUUACAUUUUCUAGAAAUGCCCUGUAUGCAUACCAACCGAACAAAUGAGUAAAGUAUUUGACUUUAUUUCACUCCAACGUUUGUGUCACGGGCUACAAAGUGGAACCAGACCAAACCAAUCAUCAAACAUGUCUUUGUUUCUUUCCUUUCUCCCUUUUGCCUUCUUCAUUCAUACUGCUUACUCAUUUUCUAGGUUGAAUUCCACAACAAUUGAAGGGCCUUUUGUACAAGAAUUCACUUUUCCUGCAAAUUCAGUUUCUUUCAAUAGUUGUCAUGCCUCUACCAUUGUUGAGGUUGGGAAGGGUCAUUUUUUGGUUGCAUAUUUUGGGGGCACUUCAGAGGGUGCACCUGAUGUCAAAAUAUGGUUACAGACUUACAAGAAUGGAAUAUGGCAACCACCUAUAGUUGGUGAUGAAGAACUAAAUGUUCCUAUGUGGAACCCUGUACUCUUCAAACUUCCAUCAAAUGUCUUGCUGCUUUUCUACAGAAUAGGUCUAGAUGUUCAAAAAUGGAGUGGAUUCAUGAAAAGGUCAUUUGAUAAAGGAAUUACAUGGACAGAAAGAGAACAACUUCCACCUGGUAUAUUAGGACCUAUCAAGAAUAAGCCUAUCUUGUUAGAAAAUGGUGACUUACUUUGUGGAUCUUCUGUUGAAAGCUGGAAUUCUUGGGGAUCAUGGGCAGAGGUUACAUCAGAUUAUGGAAGGACAUGGAGAAAGUAUGGCCCAAUUUACAUUAAGGAUAAGUCACUAACUGUGAUUCAACCUGUACCAUACCGGACUGCAAAUGGGACACUACGAGUUUUGCUUCGAUCAUUUACUGGUCUUGGUAGAAUUUAUAUGUCGGAGUCCUUCGAUGGAGGCAAAACUUGGGAAUAUGCAAAACCUACUCAGCUCCCUAACCCAAACUCAGGUAUUGAUGGGAUUAAGCUAAAAGAUGGUCGUCUAUUGAUUGCAUAUAAUACAAUUUCAAGAGGUGUACUUAAACUUGCUCUCUCUGAAGAUGAUGGUGAUUCAUGGCAUGAGGAACUUACAUUGGAGGAUACUAUAGGAAUGGAAUUUUCAUAUCCUGCUGUUAUUCAAGCUAGUGAUGGGAGAGUUCAUGUCACUUAUACAUAUAAUAGGACACAAAUAAAGCAUGUUGUUGUUAGACCAAGGUGAUGCAUUAGAUAGAGAAGCAGAGAAAACAAGACUUCUUAUACAUGUAAUACACCAAUACAUGUUUGGCAUUUUUCUAUUAGUUUUUUAUUUUUGACUUUAGGUACCAUGAAUGUUAUGAUAGAAUUCUCCAUUAUAUGUAUAUACACAUAUAAAUAGCACAAUUAAUAUACCUGAAGUGAAUCAAGUUUCAAUAGACCUAUAAAUACAAAUCUGUUAAAGAAAA